CUUAUGUUGAUUAUAAAAUAUGUAGCUGCUAAAGCUUUAAGCAGUUUCUUCGGGAAGCGUGACAUCACGUGGGCAAGACCAGGAUAUUGAGCAGUGUGCAAGUUAGUUCAAAUGGAUCCUCAUUGCAAACUAUGCUGUACCUGCUGUCGUUUGUUUUGUUGUUUUUUUAAUUGUGUUGACUAUCAUUGAUGAGGAGAUGCUCGAAUUUUAUUACUGCAGAAUGGACAGAUCCUAAUUUACACCUGGAGCACAGGUGGUGCUGUGAUACAUGAACUUCUAUGUGGAUAUCCAACCCUUAAACUAGUGCUGCUUUGUUUUUGGCUUCCUUAGGUUUAAAAAAUGGUUCAGCGCCUGACCUACCGCCGUAGGUUGUCCUACAACACAGCUUCCAACAAGACCAGACUGUCCCGAACACCCGGGAACAGGAUUGUUUACCUUUACACCAAGAAAGUGGGAAAGGCACCCAAGUCAGCAUGUGGGAUAUGCCCAGGAAGGCUUCGUGGUGUCCGUGCUGUACGCCCCAAAGUUCUCAUGAGGCUGUCCAAAACAAAGAAGCACGUUAGCAGGGCCUAUGGUGGUUCUAUGUGUGCUAAGUGUGUCCGUGACAGGAUCAAACGAGCUUUUCUUAUUGAGGAGCAGAAGAUUGUUGUGAAAGUACUGAAGGCACAAGCACAGAGCCAGAAGUCAAAGUGAAUCUAUUUGUAGUUUCAUCCCAAUAAAUGAAAGCUCCACUUC